UAGGGUGACAACAAAAUGGCGUCCGAAACUUUAAAUCGGGGGACGCGAAGAGUGCUUUCAAAACUUGAGAAAUCUAUCGAAGAUGGCGACCAUUAUGAAGCUCAUCAAAUGAUAAGAACAUUGUACUUUAGGUGGGACAUUUCUGGCCGCUGUAAUAUUUCUAGAUCGCGGUUUCUUUGGGUUAAAUUGGACUCCAUUUAUAACCUGUAUUUUUGUUUAUUAAGCACUUUUGUUUAUGUUUGGCGUGUUGUACGUAAUACGCAGGGAGAAGUGUGUUACAGUAAUAUGUACAAUUUCCGACAUGAUCGUAUAAUACUCGAGAUAGUUUUAGAUCUGAUUAAGUAUAACGUCUAUAUAAAUAACAACAGCCGCAAAAAUAGUUAGGUGGAAUAUUACCGAAUAUAUACUUGGAAACAUGAUUCAAAUUCAAAACAGCAAGUCAGAAACAGUUUAUCUCAAAACUAGACAAUCAAAUGGCUGGCCUGUUGUAAUACCUAAUCAGGCUAUUCAAAUUGUACCAACAAGGCCGGCGAGAGCCAACCACGGGCCCCCGGUACAAAAUGAUGAUUUGUGAACACGGGCCCCUGUCCCUCUGGAAAUUGCCGAUGAUAAACAAUAUACGAACAUUUUACCGAGAUUUCCGGGCCCCUCUGAGCACACCAGCCCACAGGUAUUUUGCCCCCUCCCCCCCUCCUCUUGCCGGCCUUGUGUACAAAUGCCUUAUUCAUGAACUCAUAAAUCCUGAUUGGUAAGUUUUGUAAUUGGAACUUUCCACAAUGGAAGUCAUUGAAUUUUAACCAGUUAGGUGACUUGGGUCAUGGUGACUGGACUCUGUAGCUUAGUGGUGAGAGUGCACUGCAAUGGUAGCACUGCAGGUUCGAUUCCUGCUGAAGGCCUUGCUAUAGUUGUAUUUUCCACAACUUCUUCCAGCUGGGUCAGAAAUAUGAAUGUAUAUUUUUUCACCAAAUUUCCACCCAUGAAAACUAUAAUAAUGAUUGAAGGAAAUAAAUGUGUUUUUUCUUUGUACUAGGUACAUGAAUCAGACUAAACAUUCUGAUGCGCUUGUCUUAGUUUAUGAUGGAGCCACAAUGCUACUUCAACAUGACCAGGUCAUAUUAUGCAACUUUCACUUUCAAAAUACCAAUUCCACAUUGCUUUAAAUACUAUUUUUUUUAUUAUUAUUCAGGAAGAAAGUGGAUUGGAUUUAUGCCAACUAAUGUUGAAAUGUUUUGAAGAGAGUUAUUAUCCAGUAAAUGACGACGCAUUAGGUAUAAUAAUUAUUGCCAUGCAGUUGAAGAAUGACCCAAACAUUUACACUUGUUGGGUUAAGUAACAAUUUAUAAUCUUGCUUUAUAUUUAUUUCAGAUAAAAUAAGUGCACAUUUUCAACUGUUUAAGCCUUGUUCUCCAAACAGACGAUUGUUUAUUGAUGCUGCAUUGAGGUAUUUUGAGUGUAGAAAAAUAUCAAAUGUAAGUCAAGUAUAACAAAAAUUGUGUGCCUGCAGCUUGAUAUAGAAGACAUAAAGAUGAGUAAUUAUUUUCUAUGUAGUUGGACGGCAAAGAAAAACACGGAAUGGGUAUUUGGACAUCCAAAACUGAAUCUGUUAUGUGCAGAAACGUAUUGGAAAGGUUGGUAUUAUGACUACCAUCACAACCAUCAUCAUCACCACUAUAACCAUUGUAUUUUCUUGUAGAACACAACUAUGGCGAGGCACAAUCACACUUCCUGCAUGCAAAUAAUGGACAGCAAUGUGCAACAAUGUUGGUCGAGUAUGCUGUAACCUGUGGAUACCCUGGUGAAGCAGACCUAUUUGUUGCACAAGCUGUUUUACAGUAAGUUGUGUGUUGUAUUGUGUAGAAGUGUGUUUUAAUGUUGUUUCUGGUUAUCAUACAAGCUUUAGAUAAUUCAUUUUUUUCAAGGUUUCUGUGUUUGAAAAGAUCAUCAGCAGCUCAUUGUGUAUUUGUGCAGUACACAGACCAUCACCCAGACUUCUCAGGACAAGGACCACCAUUUGAGAAACCUCUGCUGAAUUUUCUAUGGAUUUUGUUGAUUAUUAUUGACAAGUAACAUUAUUUUUAUCCAAACUAAUUUUAUUUAAUUUUGCCAAUAUUUUAUUCAAAUAUCACCUUCUAUUUUAGAAAAGGUACCAUAAAUCAAUUCACAGUACUAUGUGAGAAAUACCAUCCCUCGCUAAACAGAGAUCCAAAUUAUCUUUCGGUAAGAAUGCUUAUCAAUCUGUCAAUUUGAACUUAUUCAUACUUUGUAAUGCCUGUAUAAAUAAUUUAGUAAUAGCAAUAUUGUAUAUUUCUCAUGUUGGAUAUUUUUCCUUUUUCCCCAGUAUUUAGACAAGAUAGGACAACUAUUUUUUGGACUAACACCAAAGCCAAAAGAACCAUCAAUGAACAACUUUUUUGGUAAGUGACAAGAGUGUGCAUUGGCCUGUUGAAUAAUUCAUUGGAAUAUACCAACAUUUCUCUUCUCCACUUCAGGAGACCUUCUUCAAAGCCUAACAUCCGAGGCUGAGCAACCAACAACAUCAAGUGUCGAUUUGAACACAGAAGAUCUGGAUUGAAUGAGAUCAGCAUGAUCCGAAUAGACCAUAGACGUGCUUACAUCACAUAAUUUUCAUACAAUGAAUUUUACCCAAAGUAUCCCACAAUGCAGAAGUCCUCUGUAUUAAAUUGUGUGACAUAAGCACUUCUAAGAUCUAUUACCAAGAGAACCAUUAAACACCUUCCAGGUUUCGAGUGUGGCAUGAAAGAUUACUUAAUUCUCCCUGGUCGGGACCAGGCAACACCUCCAAAAUAACAUUGAAGAUAAAUGACAUAGGCCAGUGUAUGAACAGUAAAAGAACCACAAACGGUUCUUAUGUAAUGUUAUAUAGUAUGUAAAGAAUUGUAAUGAAUGUGUUUCUGAAAAAAAUAAAUUAAAUUAACAAGCUUUUAAUGCAUUUUAUAUGAACUGGGUUUUGAGUUGGAAUACAGUGGCAAUUUUGACAAGAUAAUGAAAUUCUGAAUUGGGGCUAGAAAAUAUGCUCCCUAUGACCAAGUUGAGAAAGAGUGCUUAUUUAUAACUUUGCCGGCAUAAAAUUACAAUAACAAAACAGAGUGGCCAGGUCACCACAACAGCUUAUUGCAAA